AUGUUCCCAAAAGCGUCAUCCCAAGAGGAGUUACACUUCCACCUUCAUUUCUUCUCGAUCUCCCAGGCAGCUAGGAGAAGAGGACCUACACUUACAGUGUCCACUAUCAGAUACGAUCAAUCUGUACAGGCUCUUAUUGAAUGUGCGAAUGAUACCACCAAGCAACCAUGUUUUGUUCCUGCUACCGGUGUUAUUGAGCUUCUCCCCGUUGUCUUCGCCAUCAAGGCUAGUGCUCACGGGCUUUGA